UUAAAACACACAAAUCGCGAGUUUCCAAUGUCUACUGUACUCACGUGCCACUCACAACACUAUUCCUCGCCGCUUACAACACUAAAACCCGGUGUGCUCCAGCGUCUUGCGUCUCACAGCAAACAAAUUAUUAUUUAUUUUGCAUGUUUUAUAUUAUUGGAAUUGGUGAAUUGGCAGCAUGGGAGUCACGGGCUUGUGGAAGCUAAUCGAGCCAUGCGGCAAGCCUGUGCCGGUUGACACUUUGGAGGGCAAAAUACUGGCCGUGGACAUAUCCAUUUGGCUGCAUCAGGUUGUGAAGGGUUUCCAGGACAGCAAGGGUUCCGCUCUGAACAAUGCGCAUCUCUUGGGCUUGUUUCAUCGCCUGUGUAAGCUGCUCUACUACCGCGUUCGUCCCAUCUUCAUAUUCGAUGGAUGCACGCCACAACUUAAAAGGGAUACAAUUGCGCGUCGCCAGCAGCAGCGCAAUAAACUCAGCAACGAAGCAGACCGCAUACAGGCUCUGCUGCUGCAGUCCCUGGCCAGGGAGAAGGUUGUGCAGCAGGCGCUGGGCAAGAAUGCGGAGCUUUUGCUGAAAUCACCAGUGAAACGCCCGCCUGCUAGCAAGUCGAAAAACGAAGAGGAUGAUCUAUUCAAACUGCCAGAAUUGCCGUCUUCGGCCGCGGGGCAGGACAACCAAGAUGAAAGCGAUCAGGAUUUGGACUACACCAGUGCCAGUGCCAGUGCCACAUCGGAUAGCUCUUUUGACGAGUCCACCGCGCGACAUGCCUACAAUUCGAGUCUGCAGGCCAUCGAUGUCAGGAGUCAGAAUUUUAAGAACCUGCCCGCCGACGUUCGUCACGAGAUCCUCACCGACAUCAAGGAGACUCGCAAGCAGUCCUCCUGGGGUCGCCUGCAUGAGCUGCCCGCCCGUAGCGAUGAAUUCUGCUCCUUCCAGAUGAAGCGUUUGCUGAAGCGACGCGCCGUACAGGAAAGUCUGGAGCAGGCCGAACAGGAAAUGGGCGGACACACGCUUACCUACUCCGAGCUGUGUGACUUUUUUAGCGAGGAGGGCAUUGUAACGCCAACGGCCAUAGAGCAGAGCACGCGACAAAUAAGCUCGGAUGAGCAUACGCGAUUCCUGCUUGUCAGGGAUCUGAAGAAGAAGGCAUUGGAGAGUGCCAAAAUCGAGCCGAAGAUGGAGACAAUUGAGGAGCUGCCAGAAACAAAGCCGCCAGUUUAUGAGGAGAAGCCAACUACAUCCAGUAAGGCGGAGCAGGCAACCACAUCCAGCAACGAAUUCGAUGCGGAAUUGGCACAAGCCUUGGCCCUCUCACUGGAAGAGACCCAGAAGGUGUACGAUGAGAAGGACUACGACUACGACUCGGAUCAAGAGUUGCGCCUCAAUCGCGCCCAAAGCAAACAGUUGCGGCACGCAGCCAAGGGCCCGGCGAGGGCAUACAUGAUUGAAUAUGGCGGCAUGAACGAUGAGGAGGUGGGUAACAUAAUGGAGUCCACUCAAUUGAAUGACACGGAUAGCCUGGAGCGCUUGCUAGCCACAACUGCAGUCCAGGACGAUAUGGCCAACGAUUCCACAGAGGAGGCCGAGCAACUCUCUAAGGCCAUUGCCGAGAGCAAGAAAAGUCUCAAAGAGAAUCAAGUGCAGCCUGUAGACACGGACACGGAUUCCGAUUUGGAGGAAGUGGCAGCGCCUGCUCUAGAAAUUUGUGUGGACAUCACUGAGCAGCUGAAGCCCACCAACGAUCUGUUUGCGGAUAUUUUCGAAGAGGAAUCAGACAGGGAGAAAGCGGCCGAGGGAAGCGAAGAUGGUGAAGAUUUCAUAGAAGUGCCAGCGAGUGGGGAAGUGAAGCUCAUUGAAGAUUCACCCAAACCAAUCUCAGACGAAAUUGAAGAUUCACCCAAACCAAUCUCAGACGAAACAAUCGAAGUUCAAGAAAGCCAGGAAGAAAUGCUCACAGAACUGCAAGAGGACAAAGAGACAUCCGAGGCAAAGACCAAACCUGAUUUGGACUCCAUAUUGAACGAUCUGAAAAGGGAAACCGAGGCAAUCAGAGAUAUCAAAUUAACAGUGGCCGAGCCCAAAUCAAUCCCCAUUCUCGAGCCAAAACCAAAGCCUAUUCUAAGCUCUAUUCUCGAUGACCUGCAGAAGGAAAUCGCUGACGUCAAAAACAUAAAACUGGAGCAAGUCAAGCAGAACAAUAGCGCAAUCAUUGAGUUGUCCUCCGACGAUGAGGCAGUCUCCAAAUUCAAUGCCACCGCCAAGUCCGAAGAAGCAGGUUCCACCAAGACCGAGGCAGUGAUUGUGUUAUGCGACAGCGAUGACAAUCAAAAGCAACGAAUUUCACCCAACAAAACACCCAGCAAGAAUAAAUCCAUCAAGGAUUUCUUCGAGACAAGUUAUGUUGUGAAACGGACACCGGACAAGUCGCCAGCGGUUGAAAAUGCCACGCCACCGGGUACUCCAAAGGUGCCGCAACCAUUCUACAGAAAGCGAACACCCAAAUCUGAUCGCAAACGGCCUGCUGAUGCUGCAAACGAGAGUGAUGAGGAAGUGUCGCCCACUAAAAGGUCCAGCAAAGCGUCGAAGUCUCUUUUUGAGGCAAACGAGCCAGAGCCGGCUGCGGCUGCGGCUGUGACUGUGGAUCCCGAGGAGCUCAUCCGAGACGCAGCAGAGGCACUCAAGUCGCAGAAGACCUCCGAAGAGCUGCAGGAGAUGGCUGAUAAAUUGUCCCAGGAACGUAAGGAAUUGGAAAUCGAACGUAAUCGGCAGGACCGCAUGGGCAUGUCCAUCAGCCAACGAAUGAGCAUUGAUUGCCAGGAGCUGCUGCGUCUCUUCGGCAUCCCGUACAUUGUGGCGCCCAUGGAGGCGGAGGCGCAGUGUGCCUUCCUUAAUGCCACCGAACUUACGCACGGCACCAUCACGGACGACAGCGAUAUCUGGCUCUUUGGCGGCCGCACUGUCUACAAGAAUUUCUUUGCCCAGAACAAGCAUGUGCUGGAGUUCCGGGCCGAGCAGAUCGAGCAGACAUUCAACUGCAAUCGGGGCAAGCUGAUACAGUUGGCUUGCCUGGUGGGCAGUGAUUAUACCACAGGGAUUCAUGGCAUUGGUGCUGUGACGGCGCUGGAAAUUCUCGCCUCAUUCUCGAGCGCCAGCAAUGCUGCAGCUGCGGAUGGCGGAAGCCCAGCCGCCAGCGGCAAUCAAUCGGUUUUAGCCACUUUGCAUAGGUUUCGAGACUGGUGGCAAGCACACAACAGCACCAGCCUCCCGCCAGGCAGUUCAGCGCGUCUGGCGCUUCGAAAAAAGCUUAAGAAUAUCGAACUGCACGAGGGCUUCCCCAACAUGGCUGUGGUAGAGGCGUAUCUGGAUCCCAAGGUGGACGACAAUCGGGAUGCCUUCAGUUGGGGCUCACCGGAUGUGGAAUCCAUAAGAGAAUUCACACGCAAAUCUUUCGGCUGGACAACAUCCAAGACAGACGACAUCCUCCUGCCGGUGAUUAAGAAAAUCAACGAGAAAAAGAUUCAAGGCUCCAUUCGCAACUAUUUCACGGCCAAGAGUGCCCUAAGGGUGCAACAGCCGCAGGUCAGCAAGCGCGUUCAGCUGGCCAUUGACAAGAUGUCGGGCAAGAUCGAUGCAGAGACGCCGGAAAAACCGAAAAAGGUUGUGCGCACCAGGCGGGCCAAGAAAGCUGCGACGACGGCGGAUGAGCCAGCGGAUGCGGAAGCCGAAACCAAGCCCGCACGUCCCAAGCGGGGCAAGCGGAAGGCUUCAACAACAGAGACAACCGAAGAACAGCCAUCCACAUCGCAGCCGAUGACAAAGCCUGGAAAAUGUCCAAGGAUACCAGAUACCAAAGAAAUCAUACCGCAAAGGGAAAGGGACCUGGAGCAGAUGCGCCUGAACAAGGCCAAGGCAGCGGAAGUGCUGAAAAAAUCGGCAGCAGCCAAAGACAACAAAAACUAGAUCCAGAUUGAAAUUUCACGUUUACAAUUAUGAAACUCACAUCUUGAGACAAGUUAUAAUCAUGCAUGGAAACUCGAAGGAGCUGGACAUUAGCAAGGAAAGUGUUCAAUGCCUCACGGUAUAGUCCAUCAAUCAGACCACAAAGAAAAGUCCAGCCAGAAGCUAAGCACAAAAUAGAACACCAACAAGUAAAAGGUAACCCAGAGAAACCCAAGCUUGAGAUACUGCCAGGAACUCAUUUGGAAACGAAGAAGUACAAACUACAAACUUUAAUGGACUUUAAGUCCAUCAAUUGGUACGAAACUGUUGAAACUAAACACAGAGUUAAGCCUUCGUCUUCGUCUUAUAUUCGUUCGCAUGUUGACAACGAUUAUGUGGCAAAGCAUCGUGCAAGUGCACUUGGCGGAGCUGCGAGGACAAAAACAAAAGGCUGCAAAAGUAAACAAGGCUGAUGAACAACAGUCCAGAUGGAGGAAGCAAACCCGAGGGAAGCCUCUGCCCAGAAGAUCUCUCAGAGCACCUCGACAAACUCACCGCAUGCGAAAAGCCAUGGAAUCAAUUGCCGAUGAGCUCUCGCAGAUGUAGGUGCAGGCAGAGCAGAGUGGAGAAUUCUCAGACGCAGAAUCUUGGUCAGGGAAAAGUAACUGUACUCAGUGCGACCUGUCGCAGGAUAAAGGCACAUAUAUUGAAUAUACAUACAUGUAGAUUAAUUUUGUAUUCGUAUUGCAUGAAACAAACUAAAAUAUUUCCUUACAAUAAACUAUGUAGACCCAGCUACAAAAUUAAGAAAAUUC